AUGGAAAACAUGUCCGAGGAAACCCACGGCGAAAUGACGGAUCCACAGCACGUCCACCUAAGGUAAGGAGAAAAAAACGGUUCAAGGGGUCCCUGUGUGAAGGUGUUUCUAUAAAACCGCGCCUCAACCUUUUUCUUUCUGCUCCUUUUCAUUCACAUGAAAAUUUUUCCUUGUUUGUAUUGAAUGUGUCAUAUACUAACAGACUGAAAUAAAGUAUGUACACAGCGCCCUAACUUUAUUGAAAUGAAGUCAUGUGUUUGGAGGUUAAGGCUCUGUUUGUGUAGAUACCAACAGUUUGGGUCGGGUCAGAACUGCUGACAUUCAUACAGCUCAUUCAGACGACUCAGAGAAUGAGAGUAUUUGGAAUUUUCCAAUAUUUAUCAUGUCUCAGAUUUGUGCACAUCAGUUUGUGAAUGACAGAUAUUGUAUAGAAAGACUUAGCUUUCAGACCCUUUACAACAAGAUCUUCAGUGCUUCUCAUCUUUUUCUUUUAGCUUCCCAUCUGAAAGCUCUGUGGAGGAAAUGGCUCAAGACAGACCAGAUCAAGAUGAGACAGAGAAAACGGAGAUUGAUAACAGCAUCAUACAGAGACUUCAAGACAGACCAGAUCAAGAUGAGACAGAGAAAACGGAGAUUGAUAACAGCAUCAUACAGAGACUUCAAGACAGACCAGAUCAAGAUGAGACAGAGAAAAAGGAGAUUGAUAACCGCAUCAUACAGAGACUUCAAUCUGGCUGGAUAGGCACUCUUCAUGUCGUUUUCCUGGUGCUGCUUUUAGUCCUAAUCACUGUCAUUGUUGGCCUGAGCAUCAAUGUUAAGCAGUUACAGAAAGAAAGGAGUCAGCUGAGACAGCUUCUAGAAUCAACACACAUGGGACUGAACCACACCAUGGAAGUAAAUCAAAAAGUGAGCCAGAGUCUGAACUUCACCGUGGAAGAAAAUCAAAAACUGAGGCUGAGUCUGAACUACACCAUGGAGGAGAAUCUGAACCUGAGCCUGAGUCUGAACAACACCAUGGAAGAAAAUCAGAAAUUGAGCAGAAGACUAAACUACACCAUGGAAGAGAAUCUGAAUCUGAGCCAAAGAUUAAACCACACCAAGGAAGAAAAUCAAAAACUGAGGCUGAGUCUGAACUACACCAUGGAAGAGAAUCUGAACCUGAGCCUGAGUCUGAACAGCACCAAGGAAGAAAAUCAAAAACUGAGCCUGAGUCUGAGCUACUCCAUGGAAGAAAAUCAGAGACUGAGCCGAAGACUAAACCACACCAUGGCAGAAAAGUCACAGCUUCAAGUGCAGAUUGAGGAGAUGAAAAUCAUAUUGAAUUCUACUAUGGAAAACCGUGACUCUUUCAGAAAAGACAAAAUCAAAUAUCAACAGCUUUUGAUCAAUGAAAGGCAGACCUCAACUCAACUAAAAGCUGAAAAUCAACGUCAACAAUCAAUUCUGAUGUCGGAGAAACUAUCUUUCCUCUGGAGAUUCUGUGAUAAAGGCACCCUGCAAUGUUCACGCUGCCUUCCUGGUUGGGCUGAGCACGCCACACGCUGCUUCCAUUUGGCAUCACAACCAAUGAAGUGGGAAGAUGCUCGUAGGGAGUGUUUUAAUGAAGGUGCUGACCUGGCUGUUGUCUUGAAUGCUGCAGACCAGGCAUUUCUGACCAACAUGACUUUCCAGUUUACACAGCAGCAUCCAAAUGUACUGUUCCAUUCAGCAUGGAUCGGGUUGCAGGACAUGGUGCAGGAUAACAGAUUUGUGUGGGUAAAUGGUAUCAAGUCCAAGUCAGAUUUGAAGUUCUGGAUGCCUGGAGAGCCAAACAAUGCUGUGGCUCAAUGGGACAAAGACCGUGCAGGACAGGACUGUGUUGUCAUUGUCCCUCCAAAGACUGUUGGACAGAAAGGCUGGCUGAACUCCUGGGAUGAUGUUGUCUGUCGAGGCCAGCGGCACUACAUUUGUGAAACCAAAGCUCUUAUUUUGUCUGGAGUGAAAACUGAGGAAUGA